AUGAUCCUUUUCGGCGCGCUCUGCCUUGCGAGCUCCUUCCUCAUCAUCUUCAUCGAAAUCCCUCUCCUGCUACGCAUAUGUCCAACCUCUUCAAAGUUCGAUACCUUCAUGCGCCGCUUCACCACCAACUACAUGCGCGCCGGGAUCUACAUCGCCAUGGGCAUCAUUCAAUGGCUUAGCCUUAUAAAAGAGGCGUCAAGUUUGAUUGCUGCGGCUGUCUUGCUUACACUGGCGGCGAGCUUUUAUGCUUUGGCUGGAAUCAAGGGCCAGGGCUUCGUGGGAAGCAAGACGCUUGGUGGGCAGGGGGUUGCGCAGAUGAUCAUUUAG